ACUCGUUAAAAUAAAUUUUUCAAAGUAGCGAAACGGAAAUGUGGAAUUUUUUAUAUGUUAUUGCUGCCUUUACAAUUUCGAGGUAUUAUUUUUUCAUAUAACCACCGAAUGUAGGUUUUUUAUGUUGAAUACACGCAGACUUAUUGUAAAAUGAAUUCUAUGAAACAAAAUGAUGAAUUAAGUAGGGAUAACUUGGCUUUAGAAGCUGCUCGACAACUUGAUCACAUAAAUGCUACUUAUAAAAAUAUAUAUCAACAACACAAAGAAUUAUUAGAAAUUAAUUCUUCAAUAGUAGCAUACAUUGAAGAAAGUAAGUUACGAAUUUCCUCUCUUCGUUUAAAGUUGGCAGAUGAAGCGCAAAGCUCUUUUAAAGUUGCCGAUAUUUUGUCUAAAAAAUAAAGAGUGAAUAUGUCGAAUUCUCCUAAAACCCCAGAAAAGAGAUCAAGUAAAUUUAGUUGUAAAUUGUUAUCUGUAUCCAGUGGCAAAACAAAUGUAUUUCACAAACAUCAAAGUGCCAAAAACUUUAUCAUUUGGUAUAAACAAAUCAUUGAUAAUGAAAGACAAAAGCUUGGUUUGUAUUUAUCAGAAGAUGUUACUUUAAAAUGGUUUGGGCGCACAAUACGGUCUAGAAAGAAAGUGAAUAGUUUUUUUACUAAUCAUGUAGAACACUCAAGACAUUAUUUAACAUCGGUGGAAAGCAUAUCUAAGCUCCAAAUAAAGCAGAAUAGAUCUCCAAGAAAAAGUGACUCAUUUAUAAGUCCAUCAUGUUCUCCCGAGUUGAAAGAAUUAAUGCCAAGGAAUGGUAAACGGAGAUUAUUUCAAUCACCUAGUAAUAGCCCUGAGUGGGCUCCAGGUUGUAGACCAGAUAAUGAAUUUGAUGGCAUAGACAAAAAACGGCUAAAACCUGAUCAAAAGCAAUAUAAAAAUAUUGAGCAUUAUGUACUACAUGAGAAUAAUGAUUAUAAGCAUAGUUCUUUUGACUUGAAUAACAAGGGUGAUGGUUUGAACCAAUCUGUACAUGAACAGAUUACACCAUCUAAUCUUGAAUGUGGCCAAGGUGACUGUUUGCCAUCAACAAGUAGUGAUUCCAAUAGGUCACAUGAGAAUUUAAAUGCUCAGCUGCCAAAACAUGCUGUGGAGUGCAAUGGUUACAUUGAGUUUAUGCGCACAAGAAAUAAUAGCGCAGACAGUGCAAAAUGGGAACGUAAAUGCAAAUUGCAGAUAUGCUAUUCUGAAGAUCCUCUGAAUGUGGGUGACUUUAUAGUUUGGACAAUUUAUUAUAGUGAUGAGAGUAAGUGCAGACGUAAUCUUUUAGCUGAGUUUAAUAAGAUAUCAAAAUACCAACUUGAAUAACAUUUCGUGAAAAUCUGCUUCAUUUCAUGAAUAUCUGCUUUAUAUUACUCAACCUCUGUUUUGAUGAUUAAUAAUGUUGUUGAUUUUGAUGUUCUUAAUAACAUUGUUAUGCAUGUUGGUUUUGCAUAUUAUCUGGGACCAAAAGAAUUCUUAAUUUCUUUAUGCAAUUUUCAUGACUUGGUUUAAGACUAGUGAUUGGAUUUAAACUAGUCACAAAAUCUUAGAAGUGAUAUUCACUAGAUCAGUUGAACUGAAAAGUAAAAAAAAACUCCUGAGAUUGUUUGAGGAUACAUCUUUAGCUUAUACCAUUGAAAUAUUUUUAAAUUAUAGAAUUUCUUUUCAGUAUUUAAUUACUUAUAUAUUUUAUAUAUAUAAAACAAAAUAUUUGUUUUCCAAAAUUAUGUUUACAAUAAAUUAUGCGGUUGAACAGCAAUUUUUAAUAAAAAUGCUUUGAUGAAAUGGUGUUGAACAGUAUACGAUACCCAUAGCAUGCUGCAGG